CCAAGUGGCGCCUCGAGGCCAUUUUGCGGCCCGGCCCCUCGCGGUAGCGUGCUGUCCCAGCCGUUGGCGAACUGGCUGCCGCGCGGUUCCCGGCGGAGGGCCUUCCGCGGCGCUGAAGUGGCCUCUUGUCGGUCACAGCGUGAAACAAACAAGAUUGCUCCACCCUAGGAAGUAGAAUCCUGCCGAAUACACCUGUUUGCUGUGAAUAGAGGAUGUGAUGGAGCUGCUUGAAGAAGAUCUCACGUGCCCAAUUUGUUGCAGCCUGUUUGAUGAUCCUCGAGUUUUACCUUGCUCACACAACUUUUGCAAAAAAUGCUUAGAAGGGAUCUUAGAGGGCAGUGUGCGGAAUUCACUGUGGAGAUCAUCUCCCUUCAAGUGUCCCACGUGCCGUAAGGAAACUUCAGCUACUGGAGUCAAUAGCUUGCAGGUUAAUUACUCCCUGAAGGGUAUUGUGGAAAAGUAUAACAAGAUCAAGAUCUCUCCCAAAAUGCCAGUAUGCAAAGGACACCUGGGGCAGCCUCUCAACAUUUUCUGCUUGACUGAUAUGCAGCUGAUUUGUGGGAUCUGUGCUACUCGUGGUGACCAUACUAAGCAUGUCUUCUGUUCUAUUGAAGAUGCCUAUGUUCAGGAAAGGGAUGCCUUUGAGUCCCUUUUCCAGAGCUUUGAGACCUGGCGGAGGGGAGAUGCUCUUUCUCGUUUGGAUACCUUGGAAACUAGCAAAAGGAAAUCUCUACAAUUACUAACUAAAGAUUCAGAUAAAGUGAAGGAGUUUUUUGAGAAGUUACAACACACAUUGGAUCAAAAGAAAAAUGAAAUCCUGUCUGACUUUGAGACCAUGAAACUUGCAGUUAUGCAAGCCUAUGACCCGGAGAUCAACAAACUCAAUACCAUUUUACAGGAGCAACGAAUGGCCUUUAACAUUGCUGAAGCUUUCAAAGACGUGUCAGAGCCCAUUGUAUUUCUGCAACAGAUGCAGGAGUUCAGGGAGAAAAUCAAAGUAAUCAAGGAAACUCCUUUACCCCCCUCUAAUUUGCCCACGAGCCCUUUAAUGAAGAAUUUUGAUACCAGUCAGUGGGAAGACAUAAAACUAGCAGAUGUGGAUAAACUUUCUUUGCCACAAGACGCUGGCACAUUCAUUACCAAGAUUCCCUGGAGCUUUUCUCAGUUAUUUGCGGUAGUAAUUCUGCUCGUCUUUCUCAUUUUCUUUGAUCCUACUGUAUUCCUUGAAUGGUCUUUAUUUGAUGAAGCCACAACUUGGAAAGACUAUCUUUCAAACUUUAGUUCCUAUCUGACUAACUCAGCUGAUUUUGUAGAACAGUCAGGUUUUUACUGGCAACAGGUGACAAAUGAGUUUUUUAUUUUCAGUGAAAAUUUUAAGAAUUUUACCUUGGUGGUGCUGAACAGUGUGGCAGAAUUUGUGUGCAAAUAUAAACUUUUAUAAAAUCUGU